AUGCACAAGGUCCUUCGCAGAUUUUACCCACAGUAUGAUGGCUAUACUGGUGCCAUUUAUGGUGUGAGAAAUGUUCUCGAAUUCGGUCCAAUGUACACAAUUCUACACAUGACGUUGCCAGUCACACCGAUAUAUAUUGCAAUCGUGAUCUUACGCUCAAAGAUUAUUAAGCGACUGGACAAAGUGGAGAGUAUGUCUUCUAACACGAAGUUUGUUCAUAGACAGCUUUUAAAGGUUCUUAUAUACCAAGCCCUCCUACCAAUGUUAUUUCUAAUCGCAGUUAUCUCUUACGUCUUGGAAGAAUUGAAUAUAUACCACCAUCCUUUAUUAGAAUACUGCGUGUUUUCAACUUUGACACUGAUCCCCAUGCUGAGUCCUCUUGUAUCGCUUCACUUUGUACGUCCUUAUUCUGAAUGGAUUUCUCGUCAUUUAUUCAAAUACGGAAAAAAGAAUGCCGUAGAAGCGAGUGAUGGGUAUACACAAAAACAUGUACCUAGCAGUGCAAUACUCUCUGCUUCUGCUAGCAAUAUCUAA